AUGGCUUCAGCCGAUGAGAAACGCGAUCCGUCGUCUUUCCAGCAAUUGUUCUGCGACACAUUCUCGAUACGCAAGAUAUGCACGCCACAAGCCGAUGGCAUCAAGGUGGACCCUUCAGGCCUCGAGCAUUACCAUCGGGCUGUCAAUACUCUGUUGAGGCCAUUUUCGUCCGCUGGUGGGAAUAUAGUCAGCAACAAAACUGCUGCGACCAUCAUGAACGCUGCUUUACAAACCUGUCUGGCCGACGCUCCUUCGGGAUCACCUCAGCAGUACGUCUUCGCCAAUCGCUUGAUAAGCGCAGGCCACGCAUAUCCAGCUUGUGAUCAGCGAACUCCAGCCGAUGCCAAGUGGAACAUCUGGCUUCGAAUACUAGAUCAUGUUGAAAUCGAGAAGCCGACGAGCCGACUUCUUGUGCACAUCUUGCAAGUUGUGGCGUUCCGUUCACAACUCGAUGAUCGGGCCAGUGAUAUGACAAAUUGCAUGCGCGAUCCCAAUGGACAAUCGGCGAUGCUGUAUCGCGCAUUCUCGACCAUCGGGCCUACGAACAAACUGAAUGUCGAGCUGGAUCCUCUUGCGCACAAGCUUGGCUCCAGCUAUCAUACCCGGAGCAUGAUAAUGCGACUUGUAGCUCAUACCACCGAAAUGAGUGAAUCGACUCUGCUCUGCUUCGUUCUCUGGCUUAAGAAGUUGUUUCUCACGCAUUGGCGAGGUACGCCUGUCGUCCAGAGGGACAAUGUCGAGUUCGCCGCGUUGUUCUUGAUCGAUGCCAUCAAAAACAAAACAGAUACAAUUUCUCCUGCUAUGUUGGAUUACUAUUUGAUCGAAGGCGUGUCAACUCGACUCUCCUCCCUUGAAAUCGCACAAAGCUGGACUGAGCUUGCGAGCCGAUGUGGCGUAGCAGAUUGCAGUCACAUGCCUUGGUACAUUGGAUCUUACGCAUCCGAAACGCAGCGAAGCUCUAAGCUGGACCGCGAAGUCGUACUGCCCUACAGUCCGGCCGUCUGCCACCUUUUGCAAUUCGACUUCUUGUUUACGACCACACAACGGGCUGUCUAUUUCCGCUCUAUAAAUUGGCAAAGGAUGCUGCAAGCAUGGUCCGUGUCCGAGAAGGCAUCAGGUAAUCGGCAGCGCACAGAGUCGUCCAGGCUUCGAAUCCAGCAGCCCGACGGCAGGCUCAGACAUAAUGAGGAGCAAGCUCUAGUCCUCAAAAUUCGCCGAGAUCAUGUUUUACAGGACGCGUACGAUCAACUAUGGCAGCGGAGGAACAAUGAGCUCUUCCGGCCGUUGAGGGUGUGGAUGGCGGAAGCAGAUGAUCUCGAGCUUGGUCAAGAUCUUGGUGGCGUUCAGAUUGAGUUCUUCAACCUUGUCUGUCGAGAAGCCUACGCCGAAGACGCCGGCAUGUUCACUACAAACGACGCUACGGGCACGAAUUAUCUCAGACCUGGAAGUAUCCAACCAUUGCACAAAUUCGAGCUGCUUGGUACGUUGCUAGCAUUGGCUGCCUACAACGGGAUCACGUUGCCGAUAAGUAUGCACGAGACUUUUUACAGAAUUCUGCUUGAUGGACCUGUCGGAAGAAAGCCUAGCAUCUGGCCCCCCUCGUUCAUAUCUGACUGGCCAGUGGAGUCCAGCUCCCUCGAGUACAUGCUAGAUCACGCGGAGGAGGACAUAGAUGACGGCUUCUCACUCGAAGCAAACGGUCUGCGGGUCUCGGCUUCAUAUGGUGGUAGAUUCCGCACAGGUGAUGAGUACACGCAUACGAUGAAUGUGUACCAGGCAGUCCCAAUGUAUGGCUCUUCAGCGGGAAUGGAUGUCUCGGAGCUCAAGUGGCCUGGUUGGAGAAUGAUACAAGUGCCGGAAAAUGCACCACCAAUAACCGAUUGGAAGAAGUUCGCAGAAAAGUACAUGCUAUGGAUGGCCUACUAUUCGGUAGUACCACAGUGGGAGGCGUUGAUGAAGGGCUUCUACAGGAUCAUAGAUCCACACACACUAUCAAUUUUCACACCAGCUGAGCUGAAACAUCACAUCGAGGGUACGUCGAAUCUGGACAUUCAGGAGCUCCGGCGAGCGACACGGUACGAGGGGUAUGUUGCGAAUGAACCGUAUAUCCAGGCUUUCUGGCGAGUCAUCUCAACCUGGAGCGAAGCAGAACAGAUGGGCCUAGUCAAAUUCGUUACAGCUGCUGAGCGGGUUCCAAUAGGUGGUGAAAAGGACAUUACGUUCGUCAUCCAGCAUAGUCCAGGCACGGACGACGAGCGUCUACCUACAAGCUCAACAUGCUUUGGAACACUGAACCUGCCUGUGUACAGCUCGGCGGAUAUCUUGAACACAAAGUUGACCAUGGCGGUGAAGUAUGGGAUGGAGGGGUUUGGUGUAGCAUAA